AUGUCACAAAUGAAACAAAGUGCAGUAACGAAGAAGCGGCCUCUCCUCGUAGAAGAGAACGAGGUCAAUGUCGUCGAAGAAACUCAAAACGGCUGCAUAAAUGAAAGAAGAGAAUUCCGUGAUGACAUUGAGGAAAAGGGCAAUCGACCGUGCACUCUGUCUGAGUGCGUAUCAAACGGAGUUUUGCAUAUGGAUCAGGCCGCCAGAGUGGUUUGGAAAAAAAAGAAGGAUGGGACGUUCAAUCGCGCAGUAUAUGACCAAGGGCCCAUCUUUGAUGAGUUGGACGAGGAUGAUGAUGAACAUUGGUGGAAGUACAAUUUUCUCGCUUUGAGGUUACUGGGUGAAAUAAACAGAUCAACGAAUCAGCGGAUCUCCAGAAGCCUGGAUUUCAAGAAACAACCACAUCUUCCCGCGCCAGGCGCAGUCGUUGUGGACAUAAACAAAGCAAGCAACGUUUGGAGAAUCGAAGCUUCACCUCCAUUUCUGGAUACAAGUUUGGGCUUAAAAGCUGGCAAUGGAACCCAAGGAAGAGAGAUGGGACGUUUCAGAAGAUUUCUCAUCUGUACCGAUUUUUUACUGGCACAGGAUUCGGAAUCGAUGCCCUCUGCUUCGGACGCCGGGAGCUAG